AUGGACAACCUGGUAUUGCUCAUUGAUUAUCGGAGGGCACCGGUUUUUGUCUGUCCGCCGUGUUUUCAAAUUGGCCUCAAUUCACUUCUAUGCCCCAGAACAUCGAACACUAUCCGCAUAGCACCUGGGGACUUGUUGAAUCAGUCUUUAGCCAUGUGUCGGUCUUUGUCAAGGAGUACCAGGGUGUCUAUUGGAGGAAUGGUACUGGGUUUCCUGUUACAAAUCGUGGGUGUGUCUAUGCCACACUGGUGCGACUCUACAUCUCGGCAGACCAAACGUGUCAAUUUUGGACUCUGGAAAACAUGCGAGGAUAUAGGAAGGCUAGACGAACACGUACCGAUAUGUCAAUUUUCUCUAGACACCCAGAUGAUUGUGGUGCAGGUCCUAGAAGUGUUAGGAGUACUUGGCUCCAUAUUCACCCCAUGUCUGGUAUUUGCAGCCGCCAUGAAAUACGAAAAUAAAUGUAGGACCUCCAUCUUUUCCAUACUUUCUGCGUUUGGAACAGCAUCCUGUAUUAUAAUGGGCGUGGUAAUUUUUGGAGUGGAGGUCCCAGAUGAGAACUGGAAGCUGUCCUGGUCGUUUGGAUUUUCGGCGGCGGCGGGGGUUUCCUACUUGGGUGUUUUUGUAGCAUUGAUAUGUGUUGCCAUGGAAAUUUAACCCAAGACGAAGAAUGAUCGAAUAUUAUAUUAUAUAUUGGAACAUGGAUCAAGAAGGUGUGAAGUUGCCCAAGAAUUUGUUCAUUCGAGUCGAUAUCAGGUCUUGAAUGAUAUACUAGUAAGACUGUAUUCAAUAUUAUGGAGGAGGUAAAUU